UGGCACGUCAUCAGCCGGAGAGGAAGGAGGACCAGGAAGUGGCUGAGGAAGAGGACUGGACCUGGGACCUGACACCUGGAGAUGUAGCCACCGGCAGUGAGGCGCCAGAAAGCUGUCCCGCAGCUAGACACCAAACGACUUUUGACAAUGCGAUGGGUAACUGCUGGGCAAACUGUGUCGGGCUCUUCAGGAGGGAAGCCAACCGGAUCCAGAGAGGAGGCGGAUCCAAAUAUUUCCGAAGCAGCACCACGGGCGAACAUUACACAAUAGAGUUUGAAAACCUGGUGGAGAGCGAUGAGGGGGAGGGGGAGAGUCCGCAGCCCUGCCCAAGGCCUAUCAGUGCAGAUGAGAUCAAGCACCUCAGAGAUCACCGCUACACUGCGAUCACAGACGAGCAGAUCCUGAUCGACCAGAAGCUACACACAGAGUUAGAGGCACAAGAGGAGAAGUUAAGGCUAGAAGAGGAGGCUAGAAAUGCCGCCCAGCGUGAGGCCGCCAGGUUGGCGCGCGAGCGAAAAGUGAAGGAGCAGCUGCCUGCCCAGAGGACGCGGGGGAAAACAGAUGGCCCUGGCAGAGAGACUGUGCAAAGAAAACAAACCUCUGGGGAGGAGUUCGACGUCUACAUCCAGAAUGUAAAAGCCCAGUCCGAGGCUUUCAGGAGCAACAGACUUCCCUCUGACACCAAUGUGGUGACUCCCAACACAGAGUGUAGCUGGGACUUCACCACUAAGACCCGCUCCACCAAUGACGACGGGACCUCGCUGGACCUCGAGUGGGAGGAUGAGGAAGGAAUCAAUCGGGCACUUCCAGCCUGGGAGAGAUCUCGGACAGAGGAGGACAUCCUGCGCGCGGCGCUGCGGCCCGGCGGCAAGCCGGUGACCAGCGGCCCCGCCUCGGCCUCCGAGGACUCCAACGCACUGGAGUGGGAGAACGAUUUUGUGAGUACUCACCCCGAGGACGGUGCGAACACUGAAUUCGAGGGAUUUGUCAAUCCCGUCCUGGACACUCCCUCCGAGGACGCCUCUGACCUGGGCCUCAGGCCGGACAACCAGGACAGAUAGUGUCCAGCACCAAAGGAAGACGUAUUCGCCCUCGUCGCAUCGAAGCUAACCAGCUUUUUUCGUCUUCAUGAAAUGGAAAUGUACCAACUCGCUCUUCACAUUCUGUAAUACGAGACCGAUGCUGCGGUCACGUGUUGUGGAUCUCAACAUCUCUACUGACAUUUUUAUCCAAUACUCAUUUUUCAGUGCCUUCAUUUGCUAAAUUAGCCAACCAUUUUAUGCAUUGUAACUGAUCGAAUACAUCCAUUACCACCUGACACAUUGUUCAGUCAGUGCUGAUUUUCAAUGCACGCCGGGUGCUGCAGGGGGAGGAGGAGGAGGAUCAAUGACAGAAAUGGAGGCAUGGUCCUGAGGAAUCAUUUAUUACGGUUCUCUUUUCACUUUUGAAAUCUCACAGGUGAAGGUUAUAGUCUGCAUUGAACCAUUCCUAACGAUGUAACACCACUAGAGGGGCGACAUAUCAGUGCCUGGGAACCAAAUGCAGUUCUGAGGUCAGCACCUUGCUCAGUGGUAACUGCAAGAGUAUUCCUCUUUGUAUUUGAGGGUGGGGAAAAAAACCUGAGUCAGCACAUAAGAAAAACAUCCACACUGCAGGAAAACAAAUCUUUCUGUGUGGUCCUUUAUUAAGUUAUUGCAUGAAGGCCAAAAAGCAGCUGGAUUUCAUAUUCAGGUCGCUGAUCAAAAAGGUAAAACAUAAGACUCAACUAUUUCAAUGGCUCCGUUCAUUAACACAACCACAGUUUCCACAUCUGAGCCUGGUGGACCCCGGAUUGUUUUCAUCAGUUGUUUUUAUGUUCCUUUGAAUCAUGGGUCGAUUGCUCAGCGACCUCAAACGAGGCAUGCAUUUUGGGAAAUGAUGUCAGUGCAUGCACUCUGACAGGAAGACUGUGCUCACUGCACUGAUAUCAGCUGCUUUCCUGAGUGAUUUUACAUACUGUUAGUCUGAAUCUGCCGCACACCAGUUUGCCAGUGUGGGAUCCAUCCAGAUGAAAAACAGUGUGACUCUGUGACUGUAGUUUAGGUACUUUCUGAUAUUUUAACAGAAAAUUUGACUGGACUCAAAGUCAACUUCUUCUUAAUUAGAUUAAAUGAAUUACGCCUCUCAGGGCUCAACUGCCUCAUGUCCAGAAAAAGGAAAUUCUUUUGCUGUCAUGCUCAGUUAUAUUAUGUUUCUAAUUGUGCACAUUUCCAUUAACCCAGACCCCCUAUUAUAAAACAGCAUAAUUAAGCACAUUCAAUGACUCGUGGGCCCGUUGUGUAGAACAUCUGGGUUUUUUAACUGGUCCUUUUCAAAGAGACACCAUCAUCAAAUCACAUGGUUUCUUCACCUGGUUCUGAGGGUAACAGCAGCAUGUGGGAAAAAAAAUCCUUAAGAAGCUAGUUACCAUUUUCUUGAUAGCACUAAUUCCUAAAUCUAAGUAUGUGUCCUAUGUCACAUAUUGAAAGCAACAUCAGUAAGCUGUAAAUGCGAAUAAUUUCUCUGAACUGCAUUUCUUGCUUGUAUUUGGUGUUUGACAUUUUUUUUAUGAGAAAAAUCAUUUUCAAGUAUAAUGAAUAUAUAUCUGAUAUGAUUUGAAACCCAAACCAGUUCCUCUCAACUGAAAAAAAACAGUCCUGAAUCUUGUCUGAUUGGUGUUUACUGCUAAAAACUGAAAGCAAUAUUUUGUGGAGAUCGAGAUCUAAAAAUUGAAUGUAAGGACGGAGGUCACCUAAUAUUCGAACAUGACUCUGUGGUCCUGAGCUUUGUCGCGUCCCAGACAACUGAUCUGCUGUGUACGUUUUUUCCGCAUUAAAUUUUUUUAUACCCUGAUAUUUUGACCCACCUCACAUACGUUUAUUGAGCACGAGCCGAGACAGUAGUGUUUUCACGUUGAUUAUUUAUUCCGUCUGAAUCGGGAGUAGAUGUCGGGUUGCACUGUUUUAAUGUGUAGAGGUUUGAUUUGCGUCUAGACGACAUUCACUGAAACGAUUAACUUGUGUGGAGAGGAAACAAGUGCACUGCUGUGUGUAGACGUGACACGGGUUCAUUUGCAAAGAUUUUUCUUUAAUACUCGAGUGUGUCAUUUAACAAUAGUAUUGUUUUUAAACACAUUUCGAUGUGUUAUGUUUUGCUCUGAUUACAUGAUCUGAUUAAUCACUGUAAUUUUCUGUAAAAAACAAUCAAACAAACAAUGUAACUCAACAUUCCUUUUCACACUGAGUCUGAGAAAAAAAAUUAAAGACCUGAAAAAUG